CAGCUCGCCUGUGAAUGCAGUGGGGUUCGUGUGAGUGAGUGUGUCUUGCUUGUGGAAUGUGGGAGUUGUCCCCACGCGCUUUACGAACAACUGACCUGUCCAAACAGUGCGCGCGUGGCAGAGGAUGUCACACCAACCAAAACAGCAGACGCACGCUCACAGCACAGUCUUUGAUCCGUUAUUGGAGGAAAAUCCGCUGUACAGGGUAGAGUCGGGGCGGGGCGUAAUUACACGGAGUCCCAUCUAGUUAGGGUCAAGUACAACAUUUUUACAGUCCUAACCAGCGUGGGUUCAAAGUUUGUUUUGUGCCCGGAAACUGCGAAUUUCCCACAGGGCGCGGAGGAAGUGCGUUCAGAAUCGACCGAUAUUUUUUGGUCGUAUUCUUUUGUCUUUCGUUAAUCCACAGACUCGCGAUUAAAUCUGCACGGGAUGGAUUGCAAAACUGCAAUAGCCAGCGUGAUUUGUUAGUAUCUCGUCGACUAGCUCCUCCAGAGGCUCGACCGCGAGUUACGGGGCUGCCGCGCGGCUGGACGCGGAGCGAGGCGACCCUCUGCGGGGCUGCGCUGCCGAGGCGGUGGGCGUGUUUUCUCGGCGUGCUAGCAUGUGAGCUGGCGCCAAGUUCUCGGCGUGAAGAAAACAAGAUUUACAAGUUACGGGCUGGAGCGAAGCAGCAAAAGUCACAUCUCUCUUGUUCGGAAAAGUUGCACGCAGUGAUGGAGUCAGCCGUUAGUACAUCCACUCAAGUGCCAGAUGAGUUUGACCGUAAUGUUCCACGGAUCUGUGGUGUGUGUGGAGACAAAGCCACUGGCUUUCACUUUAAUGCGAUGACCUGCGAGGGCUGCAAAGGCUUCUUCAGGCGCAGUAUGAAGCGGAAGGCCAGUUUUACCUGUCCUUUUAAUGGAAGCUGCACCAUCACUAAAGAUAACCGUCGCCACUGCCAGGCCUGCAGACUCAAGCGUUGCCUGGAUAUUGGCAUGAUGAAAGAGUUUAUACUGACGGAUGAGGAAGUUCAGAGGAAAAAGGAGCUGAUCCAGAGGAGAAAGGAUGAGGAGGCGCAGAGGGAGGCGCAGAAGCCCCGGCUUUCAGAGGAGCAGCGCAGCAUCAUUGAUACGCUCGUGGAUGCACAUCACAAAACCUAUGACGAUUCCUACUCUGACUUCUCACGCUUCAGACCUCCAGUUCGAGAGGGUCCAGUUACACGCAGUGCCAGCCGAGCCGCAUCUCUUCAUUCACUAUCAGAUGCCUCCUCAGACUCCUUCAGCCAUUCUCCAGAGUCUGGAGAUCGUAAGAUGAAUCUGAGCAGUUUGUUGAUGAUGUAUCAGGAGCAGGGUUUGAGCUCCAGUCCAGACUCAAAGGAGGAUGAGGGCACUAGUCUUUCCAUGCUUCCUCACCUGGCUGACCUGGUUUCCUACAGCAUUCAGAAGGUCAUCGGCUUUGCCAAGACGAUUCCUGGAUUCAGAGAGCUGACAGCUGAAGAUCAGAUUGCUUUGCUCAAGUCCAGUGCUAUAGAAGUGAUCAUGCUCAGGUCCAACCAGUCUUUCAGUCUGGAGGACAUGAGCUGGAGCUGUGGAGGACCCGAGUUUAAAUACUGCGUAAAUGAUGUCACGAAAGCUGGACACUCUCUGGAGCUGUUGGAGCCUCUGGUGAAGUUUCAGGUGGGCUUGAAAAAGCUCAACCUACAUGAGGAGGAACAUGUGCUGCUGAUGGCCAUUUGCCUGCUGUCUCCAGACCGGCCCGGGGUGCAGGACCAUGAGCGAGUGGAAGCAUUGCAGGACAGAAUAUCUGAGGUUCUGCAGGCGUACAUCUGUGCGCAUCACCCUGGGGGGCGUCUGCUUUAUGCUAAGAUGAUCCAGAAGCUGGCGGACCUCCGCAGCCUGAACGAAGAGCACUCCAAACAGUACCGCUCCCUCUCUUUCCAGCCCGAACACAGCAUGCAGCUGACCCCUCUGGUGCUGGAGGUGUUCGGCGGACAGGUCACUUAGCAACUUCACCCGAAUCGGAACAAGACGUGCGGGUCAAACGGCGUGACCCGGAGGGUUGUGGAGUGAAUGUACGGACAAUCACCUUAAACGCAUACAGAGUUUCCAGGACAAAGUUUGUGAGUGGUGUGUGUGUGUGUGUGUGUGUGUGUUUCCCUCAUCAUUUACAGAUCGGCUAGGGAGUGCCAUAGAUGUGUCUGUUUGUUUGUUUGUUGUAUGUAAGGAGGACAUUCUCAUUAGAAUGUAAUAUGGUCAUGGUGUUUUUCACUGUGGCAACUCGAUACAGUAUAUUUUACUGUAUUAUCUAUAGCCAACAGUAUUACACUGCAUGUGUAGGAUGAGUGUGUGAGUGUGCGGUCCUAUUCUAAACCUCUGCAUGGUCCCCAAAGCGCUGUCCACUACUGCUGAUGUCCUGUCUCUUCACCUCCUGCCUUUAAAUGCACAGGGUUAAAAGUACUAAUGCAAGCACACAGCUCAAACUCACCCCCUCGCCUAGCCACUUAACCAAUCAAACGGCAGCUCCGCCUCCCUUUCCUCUGCCUCCAGAGCUCUGAUAGGUUGCUGAACAAUGGCUGUCUUCUCUACUGUUAUUUGCCUGUGCUGUGAUUGGCCAAUAACCUGACGCCUCUGCAAAGUGGUCAGUGCAGCAUUAGCACUCGCCACUCAGCUAACCUGUAAAUAAGACUCCGUAUCUAUAUUCGAACCUUUUCAAAUCAGUGUAAAUAGAGUUUGAUAUAAGCGCUUCUUGUGGCUAAUGGUAGAAUCUAGCAGAGGGAGACCCUACAGCCCUGGCUGGUCAUGAUGAAUAUGUAAACGAAGACUGCGGUCUAACUGCAUUUAUGCAGGCAUACAGGAAUCAUGGAUUAUGUUUUAAAGAACUGAGAGCAUUACCUCCCUUCUUUACAGUGUUGUGAAGUUCCUUGGCUUACAUAUUUCUCAACUCUUGCAUUCCAUCAUUCAUGUUUUUUUUGGAAACACUUUUUCAGAUUAGUUCAACUAAUUACAUUUUUACCUAACAAAGUUUUACACUUCGUUAGCUAUCAUGAAACAAACCCUGAAUGCUUUUUAUCUUAUAUACAUUUUUUAUUUAUAGUACAUUUCACACAAGUUACACUGCUAAAAUAAAGAUGCCUGGGUCAUAUUUCAACCCAAAAGAAAAAAAUCUCCCCGAAUGUAAUUUUAAUUACUCUUAAUAUAAUAAUGAAUAUCAUCCAUAUUACAAUUAUGUAUUCUUUACGUUUUAAAUAAUGUAUCUUUUUUCUUCAUAUUACGUUAAUGAGUAUUGUUUUCAUAUUAUGGUAUUCAAAAAACAUUUUCUUAAUAAAUAAAAAUAAUUGGAAUACUUGAUGGCACUUUUUGAAAAAAAAACUUAAUUUUGGAGUGAACUAUGACCCGUGUAUCUUCCUGACAGGUUUUGGGAGACUGUUUGUAUGGCUUUGAUUGGGAAAUAACUUAUUUGAUUCUCACGUUUUUAAAAUAACUCGAAAAGCAGCAUGCUGGAUAAUUUAUGAUUUUAAUUUUUAUCAUCAGUAACUGCUACCUGGGUAUAUUUUAUAUUUUGUUGGCACAGGGAGGUCCUUCAAAACAUAUUCUAAUUACAGCAUAACACAACUCAGCACAUUCUUGUCUUACGCUGGUUAUUAUUAUCUAAACUGUAAUUACAGACACCUAAUACCAUGUCGGCCAUGGUAUAGACCAUGCCGCAGCCCUGCAGAGUUCAGCUCCAACCCUAAUUAAAACUCACCUGCCUGUAGCUUCCUAGUUACCGUUCAGACCUUGGUUUGCUUGUUCAGGUGUUUGAUUAGGUUUGAAGCAAAACUCUGCAGAGCUGCGGCUCUCCGGGACCGACGUUCGCCAACCCUGGUAUAGACAUUUUUAUUGUAUAGACUUUUUUUGCAUGUCUUUGGACACCAUGUUAAUGUCACACUAGCCACUGCCUGCAUUGUGUCCUCUAAACCAAACACAACUGCCUUAGCUUGGCCUCAGCUGUUCACAGUUCUUCAUUUAAAUUUACCUUUUUAUGCUUUUUAAGUAUGUAAGAGUCCUUUUCUCCACUGUGUAUAAUAUCUGUAAGUGAUAUUGGCGAGACUGUCGUCAAGGGCUCCUUGAGUCGCAAUAGAGGGCUGAUGCUUACAGAGCGCUAUCUGUGUUGCUUUAUAUAUCUCGUUCUCUCCGGUUUCUCCACUAACUCGUUUUUUUU